AUGUUCAAGGCUCUCUUGUAUAUCACCGCCCAGGUCUUACUCAUCCAGAACAUCUCUGGUAUCCCCAUUGGCGCCCUAUGCAAUGCUCCCUGCGCAUCAUCUUUUGCUCCACUUUCAUCUCUUUAUGGAUGCUAUGGUUCAUAUAACCCAGCAACCUUAGCUGCAUCCAAUGGUGGAGGUCUUAUCGUCACAAGUGCUUCCCCUAUGGAACCUAUUGGUGUAUCUGUUCUAUCAGAAAAUGUUGUCGAAGGAGCUCUUGGAGUUAUUGGAGAAGUUCCAUUCUUAGGAGCUAUUACUUUAGAAGGAGCUCUGCCAACCCUUGGUGCUGGUGCAGUUACUUAUGGUUGCGGUAAUGGAGCCGUUGCUAUGGUUACUGAAGACUACGCAGAUGCUUACAAUGGUUAUGCCUCACCUUAUAAUUAUAAUGUGUAUGGUUAUAACGGUUACACCGGAUACGGAAUAAGGUUUUGU